CCUGGAGAUGUCUCAGAAGAAGAUCUUCCUAGUGUUGAUUGCACUCAGUACUGUCAGCUUGCUUCUGCACCAUGGGGGUCACUUGAAGUUAGAGGCAUUCUGGUUGGGAUGUCCAUCCUCCAUAAUCUCCUCCACCCAGCGCAGCAGUGGACCUGCUAAACACACCAGUAUAGCCUUCUUGAAGACUCAUAAAACCGCCAGCUCCACUGUGCAGAACAUCCUCUUUCGCUUUGCAGAACGCAACAACCUCACUGUGGCGCUGCCCAUCACCACCUGUGACCACCAGUUCUGCUACCCUCGGCCGUUCAGCUCCCACUUUGUUCACCCGCACACCACGCCACCUGACAUAAUCACCAACCACUUACGGUUCAGCCGGGCUGAGCUACGACGCCUCAUGCCCAACAACACUAUGUACAUCACUAUAUUGCGGGAACCGGGAGCGAUGUUUGAGUCUCUUUUUACCUACUUCAAUCAGUACUGUCUUAGCUUUAAACGUGUCCCAAAUGGCUCUUUAGAGACUUUUCUGGAGCACCCUUGGAGAUACUAUCGUCCAGAAGAGAAGGAUUCGAUGUAUGCGAGAAAUACACUGACUUUUGACCUAGGUGGUGAUAAGGACCGGCCAUAUUCGGAAGCGGUGGGGUAUGCAAAACGAUUCGCUGCGGAGUUGGAGCGGGUGUUCUCGUUGGUUAUGAUCGCGGAAUACUUUGACGAAUCAUUGGUGCUGCUACGCCGCUUGUUGUCUUGGGAUCUCGAUGAUGUUUUGUAUGUCAGUCUCAACAUGCGCACACCUGACUCCAAGAGCAGCCUUUCCAGCGAAAAUACGGCCAAAAUCAGAGCCUGGAACACAAUAGAUUCUGUACUGUACGAUUACUUCAACGCUUCGCUGUGGCGGCAGCUGAGAGCAUUGGGACUCGCAUGUGUCGAGCGAGAAGUCCUGCUGUUGCGACAGUCUCGUGACCGACUUGUCCGUAGCUGCUUCGGGGGAAAUUUGCCGCCUCUUCGCUCUGCUGCACAGAUCACGAAUAAGGAAUUACGGCCUUGGCAGCCAAGUGGCAAAGUGGCAAUCGUUGGGUACGAUUUACCGGUUAACGUAACACAAAAAGGCCCCAUCCCUCCGCAAGACAAGUGUCUAAAGAUGAUAAUGCCAGAAGUGCAGUACACACGGCUGUUGCUACGCUCAGAGUCUCUACAAUACCGGAAGCGGUUUCCGUUACGGAGCUCCCAGCAGACUUCACGAUCUGUGGGACAAGUUCGGGCACACAGAGAGUCCCCAGCUCCGAGUUUGAUCCCACGACCAUCAGAUACGAUGACUCGGAGCACCAAAGAAGCGCUACGGCUUUCCCAAUGACCAGUGUGAAAGGAUAGUCAAACUUCUCUCCUUUUAUUCCCCACUCCUUGUUCUGGACU